CACGGAUCCCGCCAUCUUGAAAAUAAACUACGAAUUUUACUUGUCUUCAAAGCUCUUUGUGAGCUUAUAUUAGCCUUAUUUAUUUCAAUAAGGAGGUAAAACUAUGUCAGCCGAGUCACCAAGAAGACCCUCACGCGGAGGGGGUCUUGUUGUCAGGCCCCAGCCGAUGAGUGACAAAUCAGUGAUGGAUAGUGUGGUAGACUUCUUCCAAGAAGCUCUCCCCCAGGCAUAUAGUGGCGCUCAGAAACCCGAUGACAGAGAAAAGGUGCUUUGGGUCUCAUUUCAAGAAGCUGACUUAAAUGAUAUUGGCAGGAAUCCAGACUGCAGACAACAAAGUGGCAAUACGCCACCUAUAGUUUUAGUUAUUGGAUAUUCAAAUGGAGUACAGAUUUGGUCAAUUCCUGGAAGUGGUGAGGCCCAGGAACUAUAUUCUACCAGGCAAGGUCCUGUUAAAACACUCAAAAUUCUACCUACUCCUGAGAAUGUAUUUGGCAACAAAGAUGUACAUGCAGCACAGAGACCAAUUGUUGCCAUAUGUGAUUCUUCAAGUGCUGGGAAGCCCUUCUGCUCUGUCAAGUUUGUGUCUCUAAGGAGUGGAGAUGAGGUUCAUAAUAUUGCUUUCAACAACCCUGUUAAUGAUGUCCAUGUGAACAAAAGGGUUGUAGUGGUCACAUUCAAGGAGAAAAUCGCAGCUUUUGAUUCGUGCAUGUUCAAACAAAGAUUCUGGGUGACAAGCUGUUUUCCCUGCCCAGGGCCCAACAGCAAUCCAAUUGCACUUGGAACAAGGUGGCUUGCUUAUGCGGACAAAAAGUUAGUAGCUGUUCACCAGUCUUGCGGUGGUGUCACUGGAGAUGGGGCACAGUCUUAUGCUGCUACAGUCAUCAGUGCUGCCAAGACAAUUAGUAAAGGCCUGUCCAUGUUUAGUGAGACAGUAGUCAGCAGCGUUACAGGGGCUAAGGUGUCCCCCACCCCCCAGAAGAAAGAGAUGACCCAUGUACAUGAGAGUGGACAUACACCAGGGGUGGUAACCAUCAUAGAUAUACAGACAAUAGGGGAAGGACAGGUCAACAUAGCAGAGGAAAGUGAAGGAGAAGGUCUUAUAGCUCACUUCCCCGCCCAUGCAGCUGAGCCCAUAACAACAAUGGCAUUUGAUCCUACAGGAACUCUUUUAUUGUGUGUGCCAAGGCUUGGGCACUACUUUUAUGUGUUCCGUAUCCUUGCGCACCCCUGGAGCUCUAGUCUAGGUGCUGUUCAUCAUCUACAUACACUCUAUAGGGGAGAAACCACUGCUAAGGUUCAAGAUAUAGCAUUCACAAGGGACAGUAGAUGGGUUGCUAUAUCAACACUUAGAGGGACCACCCAUGUUUUCCCUAUAUCUACAUAUGGGGGACCUAUCACUGUGAGGACACAUACAUCUCCUAGGACUGUAAAUAGAGCAAGCAAAUUCCAUAAAAGUGCUGGUCUUGAGGAUCUCACACAAAAGCCCCAGUCUGGAGUAACUGGGCAACAGAUUUCUGUAGCGCCAUCUAGUGGAAGUCCUGGAACUUCACCAUUUCAUGACCAUCUUAUACCAUCUGUGAAUUACCAGAAUGCUCUCAAUAGCAACAUGAACAACCCACGGUUGCCACCUUAUCCACAUCCCUAUACAGUAUUACCCCUAGUUCAAGUAAAGCAAGGCACCACAUUGCAGUCUAUUAGCAGUACAGUUACCAACACUAAGUCCAAGACAACAAAUCCUGUAGUCCCCAGCAGUGAAUCUGUAUGUGUGGCUUCAUACUUUACAAAGUCCAGGGGUUGGGUACUUGCAAGUCCUACUACAAGGGACAAAGAAGAACAAAAGCGAGCUGUAGAUUCCUUAUUUAUCCUAAAUGCUUAUGGAGUCCUCUCAGAAUAUGUCCUUGAACCUAAGCCCAAGAGUGGGCUGGACAAAGUUACAGAAGACUCCCCAAUAGAGGUCACUGAAACACCUAGAGCCCAAUGGAUCCUUACAAGGGGAGCUUCUAAUUCUGAACUAAAGCCCCCUCUAUUGAGCAACAAUCCCUUGUUACUUGCCACAGAUGCUGUCACCACGCAACAACCUUCUGAAGAUGAUUGCGAUGGUGUCCCUAGAACAGAUUCCCAGAGCAGUUUAUCUUCAGAUCACAGCAGUAAGGGAGAAUGGGAAGACCAAUGGUUAUCACAGGUUGAGAUAGUAACUCAUAUAGGACCGCAUCGUAGACUUUGGAUGGGACCUCAGUUCAGCUUUAAGACAUUCCAGAAUGUGACAAAUACAACAGUUCUCUCCUCCAAUUCAUCAGCAUUGUUAUCGCAAAGUCCUGAAACAGCAUUCUCAACCAUGGAUAUCGUCACAGAAGAUGUCGAUCUACAAAGUUUAAAGUUACACCAAGCAAGAUCUAGUCCUGUAGCAAUGCCUGGGGCACGUGGAAGUAGACGUCACUCCUCAGGCAGUGGCAGCGAUCAUUUUACUCCUAACCAGUAUGACAACAAGUCAGUUCUCACCAUAGAAGCAGGAAGCUAUGAGCAGUCUCCUAGUCUCAGUCAAAUAAAGAGGGAGCUGUGCAAUGUCCUAAAG